UAAACUUGAAUGACCAACUUAUUCGGUCUCCGUGAACGCGCGCAUGUACCCCACCAAAUAGACCGGUUUAGAAUUACAUAUCGCGGCAUGUUACUGAGCACAAGACAAAGUGACUUAUCUCAUUCCAGGUGGCUCUUCAUUAUGUUGUCUUAAGUUUUAAUAGAAUCUCAUUCGUAUAGAUAGCAACUAAUCAGCGCGUACUGUUUAAGUGGAAAUGAAGACCGUUAAAUUACCGUCUUGACAUGUACAAAGUUGGGAUAUUUUUGUUAUUUGUGGCAGCUGCGUUUGCAGCCGUUGUUUGUGAUGAACUCGAAGACUUUCCGUUAGACGACAGGAGCAAUGCUCAAGACAAUGACGGCAGUAACUCGCCAAACACCACUUCGAUGAAUGGCGUCGAGGAAACGAUAGAUCCCAACAGCGUUGAUCUUGAUAAUGAUGCUCCAGAUAAUAGCGCUGUAAAUAUGGCCGAUCGUAAAGCUGACAUAAUGCAAAAACUUAUACAAAAAGCUAUGCACAAUCCAGGAACGAAGGAGAAGUUGGCUCAAGUCGUUCCAAUCAUUAAAGCCAUGACAGCCGCACAGAGAUUGGCUCUUGCCGGAAUGGUAAUGGGUAAAGGUCAGACUCAUAACCUUAAAAAUAAAGAGCUAAACGCUCAACUUUUACUGCCAAUUAGCUUGGAUAUAGCGGCUAUGUUAAGAAGUGGUAAUAAUGGCGACGAAUCUUCUGCUAGAGCAUCAAAUUUUGGGUCAUAUCAUAUACACGGAUCGCCAAUUUCAUCUAAUCGUCUACGUUCGCCAAACCCGUUGACUCGCCGGUUUCCGCAACGGAUUCCUGAACUGACUGGUAUGAAGAGACCCUAUUUUCCAAUAAAUUCGAUCGCACCUAAACGUCCACCUAAAGUACAAGAACCAGUGUUGCCCACAAUAGAAAGUUUUACAGAUGACUGUGAUUUGUUUGGCGACAGUAUAUGUCUUAAUGUGCAGUCAUACCCCGAUAUUGAGAUUACAGAAACUAUAGAGGACACAGCAAAUAGCAAGACUGCUUUUCAAGCAUUACUUAAGGAUCCUAAGUAUAAUAUGACCACUUCAUAUGACGCAAAUAUAACUGAACGAAGAAUAGAUGAAAAUUUAGAGAACGCAAUUUGCCAAAGCCAAGUUACCUUAGCAAGACCAAAAAAAGCUAGAUCCACAAAUGGCCAAUGGAAGUAUGUCGUAAACACUGAUGAAUACGUGCAAACUUUGAGACUUGAAAAAUGUUUAAAACCAGAUACGCGAUGUUCACACGUGUCCACAAAAUUCAAGUCGACAUGCCGUCAAGUGUAUAAUUACCAUAGACUCCUGACAUGGGAUCAGUUCUCUGGACUUACUAUGGAUAUAUUUAAAGUUCCCACAUGUUGUUCGUGUCACCUUCAAGAACUGAACCCAUUAAUUUCUGACAGUUUAGAUUCUCACAACUUAGUAUUUGAUGAUUUAAAUCCACAAUCUACGAAUACAAACCAAAAAAAAUUAUCGAAUGUAAAACGAUUACCUACUCCGCAUUCUGCUACAGAUCAGUAUGUCGUUCACGAAACGCAUCCUGCUAAAUACCCUCCAAAUGCAAGAAGGCCGUAUAAAAAAAAUAAAAAUAGGCCGACAACAACAACAACACAAAUAAUGGUAACAGAUUCACCGGAUUCAUCUCCUACUACCAAAACCAACUAUAACUACCAUCCUAUUAUGGAAUAUUUUGUUUCCCCUCAACCAACGCCUUUGGAACCCAAAGUUCAAAAUGUAGCUCAACGAAAAUCUGAUUUGAUGGUAUCUAAAGAAUACAAUGCUGCAAACAAUGGCUGGAAUCCCAUGAUGGAUGAUUACGGUCCUAGAUCGUUAUAGUGACAUCAAUGACGAUUUUACUUGUAUAUAAAUACCUAUAUAUAUAUAUAUAUGAUAUCAUUAUUGUUAGUGUGUAAUUUUUCUAUUUCUAUUAAACGAUAUUUUUUUAUAAAAUAUUUUAUUAUAAGAAACUGAACUAUGUUUUA